CCGGCGGCAAUUCAGAGUCCGUGUUUUAGUAAGGCAGUCCGUCGGGCACCCUGCCGGACAAUCUGAGAAAGAAAAGUCCUCGGCUCGCUCUCCCCCCCAACUAGAAGAGCUUUCUACUUUCGUCCUCUCUGCUCAAGAUGGUGGCGUCCCGGGCGAUUGGCAGUCUCAGUCGCUUUUCUGCCUUCAGGAUCCUCCGCUCCAGAGGCUGUACUUGCCGCAGCUUUACAGCAUCUUCUGCUUUGCUGGCCAGAACCCAUAUUAAUUAUGGAGUCAAAGGGGAUGUGGCGGUUAUUCGGAUUAACUCACCCAAUUCAAAGGUAAAUACACUGAAUAAAGAAGUACAAUCAGAGUUCAUAGAAGUCAUGAAUGAAGUCUGGGCCAAUGACCAAAUCAGAAGUGCUGUCCUUAUUUCAGCAAAGCCCGGCUGCUUUGUCGCAGGUGCUGAUAUCAACAUGCUAGCGACUUGUGCAACCUCCCAAGAAGCAACACGGAUAUCACAGGAAGGACAGAGAAUGUUUGAGAAACUUGAAAGGUCCUCAAAGCCUGUUGUGGCCGCCAUCAGUGGAUCCUGCUUGGGAGGAGGACUUGAGCUUGCACUGGCAUGCCAAUACAGAAUAGCAACAAAAGACAGAAAAACAGUAUUAGGUGUCCCUGAGGUGUUGCUGGGGAUCUUACCAGGAGCCGGAGGUACCCAGAGACUGCCCAAAAUGGUGGGUGUGCCUGCUGCAUUUGACAUGAUGCUGACUGGGAAAAACAUUCGUGCAGACAAAGCCAAGAAAAUGGGACUGGUUGACCAGUUGGUGGAACCCUUGGGACCAGGAGUAAAAUCUCCAGAGGAAAGGACGAUUGAAUACCUGGAAGAAGUUGCGGUCACUUUUGCCAAAGGCCUGGCUGACCGGAAGGUCUCCACAAAGCACAGCAAAGGCCUGAUAGACAAGCUGACGUCAUAUGCCAUGACUAUUCCAUUUGUCAGACAACAGGUUUACAAAACAGUGGAAGAAAAAGUGAAAAAGCAGACCAAAGGCCUUUAUCCUGCACCUUUGAAAAUAAUCGAUGUUGUGAAGGCUGGACUUGAGCAAGGAAGUGAUGCUGGGUAUCUUGCUGAAUCACAGAAAUUUGGAGAGCUUGCCAUGACCAAAGAAUCGAAGGCCCUGAUGGGACUUUAUAAUGGCCAGGUCCUCUGCAAAAAAAAUAAAUUUGGAACACCACAGAAGAACGUUGAGCACCUAGCCAUCCUUGGUGCAGGGCUGAUGGGGGCCGGCAUUGCCCAGGUGUCUGUGGAUAAGGGAAUGAAAACUCUAUUGAAAGACACCACAGUGACUGGGCUAGGACGAGGACAGCAGCAAGUGUUCAAAGGACUGAAUGACAAAGUGAAGAAGAAAGCUCUAACGUCAUUCGAGAGGGAUUUCAUCUUCAGCAACUUGAUUGGGCAGCUUGAUUACAAUGGUUUCGAGAAGGCUGACAUGGUGAUUGAAGCUGUUUUUGAGGACCUCAAUGUUAAGCACAAAGUGUUAAAGGAAGUGGAAGGCGUGAUUCCAGAACACUGCAUCUUUGCCAGCAACACGUCUGCUCUCCCAAUCAAUCGAAUCGCUUCUGUCAGCAAAAGACCCGAGAAGGUGAUCGGCAUGCACUACUUCUCUCCCGUGGACAAGAUGCAGCUUCUCGAAAUCAUCACGACCGACAAAACCUCCAUGGACACCACAGCCUCUGCCGUAGCUGUGGGUCUCAGGCAGGGCAAAGUCAUCAUUGUGGUUAAGGAUGGACCUGGCUUCUACACCACCCGGUGUCUUGCUCCCAUGAUGUCUGAAGUCAUUCGAAUCCUCCAGGAAGGGGUGGACCCUAAGAAACUGGAUGCCUUGACCACAGGCUUCGGCUUUCCUGUGGGUGCUGCCACCCUGGCAGAUGAAGUAGGUGUGGAUGUAGCACAGCACGUGUCAGAAGAUCUAGGCAAAGCCUUCGGGGAGCGGUUUGGAGGUGGCAGCGUAGAGCUGCUGAAUCAGAUGGUCUCCAAGGGCUUCUUGGGUCGCAAGUCUGGGAAGGGCUUUUACAUCUAUCAGGAGGGGUCAAAGAAUAAGAGCUUGAACUCCGAAAUGGACAGUAUCCUGGCAAGCCUGAAGCUGCCUGCCAAGCCUGAGGUCUCCUCUGACGAAGACAUCCAGUACCGUGUGAUAACAAGGUUCGUGAAUGAGGCAGUCCUGUGCCUACAGGAAGGGAUCCUGGCCACACCUGCAGAGGGAGACAUCGGAGCAGUCUUUGGGCUUGGCUUUCCCCCUUGUCUCGGAGGGCCCUUCCGCUUUGUGGAUCUCUACGGUGCUCAGAAGGUUGUGGACCGGCUCCGGAAGUAUGAGUCUGCCUAUGGAAUACAGUUUACCCCGUGCCAGCUGCUCCUUGACCAUGCUAACAGCCCCAGCAAGAAGUUCUACCAGUGACAGACCCUCCCAUCCGCUCCAUCCAUGCACUAACCCAGACCCGGCAGAGCUUCUCAGCCGUGCUGUCUAGAUUAUCAGGAAACAGGAGAAAGACCAGUGUAGCCUUGGGUUUGCUCCUCCAUCAUAGUGCCUUCAGCCCUGACCUGCUCUUCCUCCUGUGACAUCUGACUGUGAAUUAAGUGUUCGUCCUUAAUGCUGGAGGGUGGCCCCCUGAGCUCCUUUUGCAAGCCCUGCAGCUAAGAACAAACCAGAGCAUCUGCUGCCUGUGCCUCCCGGGAGGCCGGGGGUCCCUGGCAGUGGUGAGGGCAUUUUUGCACCCAGCCAAACACAGGCUAACAAUAAAAUCCAGACUGUCGGCCUCUG